AUUGUUAAUAAUUGAAGAGUUAUCGUUGCAAGUCGAAGUCUCGCGAUAACAUACCUGAGCGAGUUUGUUGGCGGUGUCACCUGAAGCUCUGGACAGGAGCCGGAGACCGGGGACGAGACGCGAUUUGAGGAUGUCGUUGAGUGAAGAGGGUUACGUGGUCCGGAUCAGAGGACUACCCUGGUCCUGCACACAGGAGGAGGUGGCCAGUUUCUUCUCUGACUGUGACAUUGUUGGGAAAGUGAAUGGAGUGUGUUUCACCUACUCCAAAGAAGGCCGUCCCAGUGGAGAAGCAUUUAUUGAGUUGAAAACUGCAGAGGAUUUCAAAAAUGCCCUUUCCAAGGAUCGUAAAUACAUGGGACACCGAUACAUAGAGGUUUUCAAGUCAAACUGCAGUGAAAUGGACUGGGUGCUGAAGCGUAAUGGUCCCGCUGACUAUGACAGCUGCAGUGGCUGCAUGCUGAGACUUAGAGGCCUGCCGUUUGGCUGCAGCAAGGAAGAGAUUGUUCAGUUCUUUUCAGGGUUGAGAAUCGUGCCAAAUGGGAUUACUCUGCCAGUGGACUACCAGGGGAGGAGCACAGGGGAAGCCUUCGUGCAGUUUGCUUCAAAGGAGAUAGCAGAAAAGGCUCUGGGGAAACACAAGGAAAGAAUAGGGCACAGGUACAUAGAGAUUUUUAAAAGCAGUCGUAAUGAGAUCAGAGCCUAUUACGAGCUUCCCCGCCGUGGUAUGGGAGGCCAGAGGCCGGGUCCCUACGAUAGGCCUGUAAUGGGAGGACCCAGAGGAGGGUUCUUUGGUCCUGGGCCUGGACGCAGUGGUGCACUGAUGGACAGCAUGAGAAGUGGAGGAGGAGGCUAUGGAGGAGGCUACAGUGGCUUCGACAACUACAAUGGUUUCAGCAACUACUGUUUUGGCAACGAUGUGUUUGAUGAGCGAGUAAGAGGAGAGAGGGGUGGACGAGGCAUGGGAAGCCACAGUUACAGCACUCAGAGCGACGGUGGCUCAGGUUUUCACAGCGGCCAUUUUGUCCAUAUGAGAGGUUUACCUUUCCGUGCUACAGAGGGAGACAUUGCUAAGUUCUUCUCUCCUAUAAAUCCGAUGAGGGUCCAUAUUGACAUGGCUCCUAACGGCAAGUCGACUGGAGAGGCAGACGUGGAGUUUCGCUCCCAUGAAGAUGCUGUGGCGGCCAUGUCCAAAGACAAGAAUCACAUGCAACAUCGCUACAUUGAGCUGUUCCUAAACUCAACAGCCAGUGGCUCAACAGACACGAGCCGUGGCAGCAGCAGUGGUUACUACAGCACCUCAGGAGGUGGCGGCGGCUCACGGAGCAGCGGGCUGCGUGGCGCAUACUGAGAAUCAUCCCACUGUUCAGCGUCUCUUUAGGCCACACUUAGUCAGUUUAUAAGCAGGAAAGCUGAAGUUGCGCUGUAAGGCCUGUCGUUUUUAUCACAUCUUCUCCUCUAAACUACAAAAGACCAAAUGUCACUUUGACAAGCUGGUACUGCACCAUUUCUAGAAGCAUAUGAAGAACAAAACAUGACCAUUCUGUUGGUGCUGAACGUGUUGAUGAAUCGUACCAGAGAUCUUUUGUUAUUUUGAAAGUGGUUGGAUGAUGUAUUUUAGGAGUUGAUGGUUCUGAUGAAAAGUACAUUUUUAGUGACUGUAUUUUGAAGCACGUCAGUUCAUCUUGUUACACAUCCUGCUGUUGACAGGAGAUAUAAACCUAACAACUAGAAAAACGUUUUUGAUACUUUGAAUUAUAGCACUGUUUUGCUUAGAACUUACCAAAGUCAACAACUCUCCUUAAGACGUUCUGACAAGUGACGACGAAACAUUAUAACAUUAAUAUUAUUCUAUUACGUUUUUUAAGCAUAUUAAAACUUUUGUUCGGUGGGUUGAGGUUUAUCUUUAUAUCUUCCAGCCUAUGCCCUCAUGUAUAGCAAACAUUUAAGUGAGCGCUCAUAUGGCAGAUUCCAGGUCAGCUUUCCUGCUUUUAAAAGGUGGGGACAAAUGUGAGCCUGUGUGUUUUUUAUGAAUGUUUUCACAGUUCAUUACAAAAUUUAAAACCAAGUCAAAUAUUCUAUUCUACUCUCAGAGUGGAAGUAAAAUAAAGUCUAUAUUUGAGCUGUAAGAUAGCUUAUGCAGCUGUACAUUUUGCCUAAUAAAUUUUAUAUUUAAUUCUC